AUGAGCGGCGGGGCUGCCACGGGCGGCGGGGCUGCCGCGGGGGGCGCGUGCCCGUUCACGGUGAGCCGGAGCCUGCACCCCGACCACCUGUGGAUCUGGCGGCCCAACGUGUACGUGGACGAGAUGGACCGCACCUGGCUGUCCAUCACCAUCGAGACAGAGACCAGCCUGCAAGUCCUCCUGCGCCAGAUCGAGGUCUCCCGCGGGGAGGCCCUGCAGCCCAGCCGGCUGCCCCCCAGCCGGCUGCCCCUCAUGUGGCAGCUCUACCCUGGCAGGCGGUACCGCUCCUCCGACUCCGGCUUCUGGCGCAUUGUGUACCACAUCGAGAUCAACGGCGUCGAGGACAUGGUCCUGGAGCAGCUGCCAGACCCGUAG